AUGGAUGAUGGGAACCGGGGCUGGAACUACGAGCAACAGCCCCAGACCAGACGGGAAGAUGUGGGUGACACCAGGUUUAUGAAACUUCAUCACUUGGAGAAACAAAGCCGAGACAACAGGGACCUCUUGAGAUUCAUUUGCCAGACUACGGCCAAGGGACAUGGCAAGGGUUUCCCAGAUUGGCUAGCCUCCUGGAAGCAAUGCCGAUUGGCUUCAGUCAACUGUGAUGCCAACUGCUUAGAAGGCCGGGGUGCUUUUGAGAGGAACAUGCGGACUGGUGAAUGGAGGUGGAUCAACAGGGGCUAUGAGUUCGGAUGGCAGCAGGAAACUGCUCAGUGGACUCGCGAUGGCAAGGGUCAGAUGGUGCCUGGGCCUAGAGGCUCCUGGUCUGUGAGAGGCCAUGGGGGAAAGUGUGGUGGAGGUGAAAAUUGGAAAGGUGACGUGAUCCUGGAUCCAAGAUUCAACGCUGGUGCCGCUGCUGGCUCUCAAGAAUGUGGCGGGCUUACUCCUCAGAAUUUUGAUGGCCAGCACUCUGGGAUGAUGGCAGACCCUGGCACUGGCAUGCAGCCAAUCCCUUCGCCACCCAAGCAGCCACCACCUGGCAUCAAUGUGCGACCACCUGGACCACCUGACACAGUGCCACCAUUUGGACCAGCUGACACUGGGCCGUCUACGCGACCUCGUACCCCUCCCCGUCGUGCAGAGGAUCAAGGGCCGUCUACGCGACCUCGUACCCCUCCCCGUCGUGCAGAGGAUGAAGCAGCAGAAGCAAGGGCAGCUCAGAAAGCCAAGGCAGCACCUCCAGGUUCUGGGAAUAUGCCUGUCAACAUCUUCACGACCGACAUUGUGAAGGGUUGGACCAGAGCCACAUGCGUCGCUUGGAUCCUGCUGGCCUUCAGCGAACUGGACACUGAGCUGGAAGACACCAGGGCUCGCUUGAAACCCGUGGAGAGGUUUUUGGACCGAGCAUGGCUGAUCCCACAGAAUGUUUCCAUGGGCAUGAGCAAAGACCAGCAAUCAUUCAAGAACUUGAGUCUCUCCUUUAGAGGCGCUGAACGCCAGCCCCCUUCGGUGCUGCAGAUGGCCUUACGCUUUUCGGUCAUCAUCGACCGACAAGCCAGCUCGAUGACAGGAAACACUGAGGCCAGGUUGAAGAAAGUGAUCCAGCAGUUCAAUGGCUCAGCUGGGCUUCACGUUAAGCACCAGGUUGACAGUGAGAAGGAACGCACCAUUCUGAAUCUCAUCAUCGGCACUUCGAAGGAGACAAGGGAAAUCAUGACCCAACACCUGGCCUUCGCAAAGUGGAAAGAAAGUGCUUUUUCCACCGAGCAGUUGAAAGGAGUUCGAUGGUUACUUGGGGCACGACCCAGAGGUUUACCUGAAGCCCUGUUGGAGCCAUUGACUAUGACACCAAUGGCGCAAUCCAUGAUGAUGCAGCUUCAUGUGAAGAAGUUCCUGCAGGACACACGUCGAGUGAAAGCCUCUGCCAAGAAGUUUGUCCGUGCCAGCCAGGAAGACUUUGACAAGUUGUCGGACUAUGCUUGCAUCUUUGCUUAUCUACGCCAAGCUGCCAAGGUUGCAACUUCUGACAGCAAGGUCGAUGACAAACUGCUGGAAGCUUUCAUGGCCCGGGACUACUUCAGUGAUGUGGAAGCUGUGGUCGCUUCCAAGAAUCCUGACUUCCAGUUGGGGAGCCUGAUUGUUUGGACUGACUUGGUGGAACCCCCGACUUUGCCACAGGCCUUGCAAGGGGAUGAAGGAGCUGAUGUGUUGGCCGCGCAGGAAGCGGCGCAAUCAUCCAAGUUUGCGGAGGUGAAGGUCAAGCUUGCAGCAGAUUGCCAAGCCAUGAACAAGUUCAACACUGAGAAACACCAAGCAGAAGGAAAGAAACAUGUGGCCAGGGUUCUUCACGAAAAGUCCCAACUUCAGACUGGGGGCAAGGUGGUGGAGGAGUUCAUGAAGAACCAUUGCUGGAUGGGCCUCGUCGGUGACUGGAAUAUCCCUGCUGAAGUGGAUGUCAUGAUCCGUGCAUCAGCAGCCCGCAACCAGGUCUCAGUGGACAAGAUUGCUGUGGUGGGUUGGGUCGACUUGACAAAAGUUGGGGUGCUGACCCAGAAGGACAUCAAUAAAGCAGGUCAGUGGUGUGAGAAAAUCAUUGCCAAGAGCCCUCUGAGUGCCGCUGUCAUUUUGGCUUUGCCACUGCUUGCUUCGACGGUUGGGUGUGGGGCAUUGCGCAAGGACAUCCGGAAGUUGGAAGACAAACUUGUCGACCACAAACUGGAGUUUCGCAGCUUCUUCCUCCCCAUGGAUCUCACUGGGCUGCAUCACAAGAGGGACAUGCCAGGUGGCUUCACAUUCUAUAUGAUUGUGUCUGACAGUUGCCUCCCAGCCAAGGGCACUGCACAUCGCGCAAGCCGUUCUGCUGGCAAGGUUGACCGAGAGGCUGUCAACAUGUUUUGCUUCAGCAAGCUUUGGCAAAGCCAAAUUGUGUCAUCAGCUGGGCGUGCGAUCGACGAGAACCAGUUUAUCGUCCCUGGCACAACCUGUGUUGCCGCUUCCCAUGAAGGCCGUCGGAACUUGACUGACGUUCAAGAGACAAGUCAAUGGAUUGGAGGCGAGCAAAUCCCUGAGCUUAUCCUGAAAGACCUCAUGUCAUGUGGAACAGAUGUACCUCCUGCGGUUGUCAUCCAUGCCACCAUGUAUGACGGAUGUCUUGAAAAAUCUUGCGUCAACAUGUCAAUUCCAUGUGUCAGCCAGUCAGAGAAGCAAUCGCACUAUGUGACCGCUUUGAAGCUCACAAAGGGCCACUUGCUCAACCUCUGGAAGGGCAACCAAGGGGCGAUGGCUGACAAGCUACCUCGCUACAUGGCAGAGCCCAGUGAGGAGGUAUUGCCUUCUGUGCCACAGGAGCCAUCACUGAACCUUUGCUCUCUGAUCGAUGGCGUGCUUUGCUUGCCGCGCAACAUACGUGCUGAGUUCUUGACUGAUCCAGUACGUGCGCCCGAGUGGCGCCGCAUGCUCCAAGAGUUUGACAGAACUUUUGGAACUGAAGCAGAACAAGCACAGCCGGCAGCAGCUGCUGACACCGAAGCCACUGUGGAUGCAUCGGCUUUUGACUGGGCGGCUGCUUUCAGUGGUGAACCCCGUGAAAAAGAUCAAUGGCACCGAGACUUUGAUGGGAAAAUCAACGGCAAGUUUCAAUGGUGCCCAGAAUUGACGGCAUACAUCAUUGAUGCUGGUGAUACUCAGGAUGCUGAGGCACCCAAGGCUUACCGACUCUAUGUGGAGGCAAAUGAGGCCUACAAGAUCAGUGUGGAUGAAGCCUUCCUCACUUUUGGGGCGGGGGUGUGGCUUUUGGAUUCCAAAGCUGAAUCUUUUCUGGCUGAAAAUGCAAAUGGUCACAAAGGUGUCCUUUGUGCAUUCAAGAGGGAUGACAGCCCGGUCAUUUUGGAGGAGGGCGGUCGUGACUCUGGCCUGAUGACUCUGCGGCAAGUCAUCCAGCAAUGCGAAUCGUCAGGGCUUGUGGACAUGGAAUUGGGUGGCCAUACUUACUCUCGGCCAGCGGCGGUUGUGCAGGGUUUGUCAGCUGACUGGAUUGAAGUGGCUCCAAAGACCGGAAGCACAAUGUUAUGGAGGCCGAACCAGAUUCAGUUCAGUGGCUUGCGGGCAACCAAUGCAGCGAGCUUUUUCCUUUCCAACCUCUUGGAAGAGAGCCCGGUGUUGAAGAAGGUGUGGCGCUUGCGCACCUACCGCGCAGAGAAGACGAUCGGCGCAGCCAAGCCAAUGUUCUUCCUCAAAGCACCUUUGGAGAUGACCAAGGGCAUGGUUCAGCGUGUGGUGUGA